CUCCAAUACAUGGCUCUCAUACCCAAUAAAUCAGCCUGCACGUGUACGUUGGUGUGCGUCACAUUUGAUUCAAUCUUCACUGCUCAGCAAUUUCAUAUCUCUGCUUGUUUACUGGACGGGACACACUAUGCUAUCUCGCAGUGCGAAGCCUGCCGGGCUGAAAUUGGGCUGAAAUUCCCCUACAUAAAAUGCGCCUCCAAUGGCUUCGUGGUAAGCAGCCAAGGCAGCGCCCCCGUGGCGCCCAAUGUAUGCGAGGGUGUGGAUCAUAACGCAAACCACCAAUUAAGGCCAAGAUGCAUUCUAUCGUUCUUCCAUUGGCUUCAGGCCAUCCACCCAAGCCAAUCGACCAGCCCCAGCUGUCGGCUUGGCCCAGGACUCGUUCGACCCGACCUGAACCUGGGCAAUUGAUUUUGUUCCCAUCCCGCAGCGAGAAGGAGAUCCGUUGGUCACAUGCUAUCCUGUUAGCAAUUCAUCAGUGGUCAACAGUCGGAUCCCCCGACACCGGGCGACUUGGGAAAUGGCCAACAAAAGACAAUACACCAUAGGUUGGGUGUGCGCGCUGCACACGGAGUUGACGGCCGCCAGGGCCUUCUUGACCGAGGAGUACGUGGAAACCAUCAAGAGGAAGCGAAACGAUGCCAACACAUACAUGUUUGGCAGCAUGGGAGAACACAACGUUGUGAUAGCAUGUCUGCCAAACGGCCAGUACGGAACCAACAGCGCGGCCACCGUGGUGACCAACCUGAUACGGAGUUUCCCAGAGGUUCGAUUCGUGUUGAUGGUCGGUAUUGCUGGAGGUGCCCCAAACGCGACCAACGAUGUACGGCUCGGGGAUGUCGUCGUUGCUACGCCAGGUCUUGGGCAUGGCGGCGUUCUCCAGUACGACUUUGGGAAAUCUAUUCAGGGGCCAAAUUUUGUCGUCACUGGACACCUCAGUCCUCCACCACCCAUCCUCGGGACUGCGAUCCAGCAGCUGAGAGUCUCCCACGACUUCGAUCCAAACAACCUAGACGCGUUGGUCAAGGAAGCACUCGCGCGUUACCCCCGGCUCAAAAGCACCUAUUCACAGCCUGAGCUUAGUGAAGACGUCCUCUAUGAGAGCGACUGCAUUCAUCAACUACCGACCGAAAGGUGCGAUCAGGCUUGCACUAGGCAAGUACCGAGGGAGCCGAGGGGCGAAGACGAGGACCCCUUUGCAGUUCAUUAUGGGCUUAUUGCUUCUGGGAAUUCGCUGAUGAAGGAUGCGAUGCUGCGAGAUAAGUACUCUGCGGAGAAAGGAGUGCUCUGUUUCGAGAUGGAGGCUGCGGGCAUGAUGAACGUCACCGGCUGCGCGGUCAUACGCGGAAUCUGCGACUACAGCGACACGCACAAGAACAAAAAAUGGCAGGGAUUCGCAGCCAUGACUGCGGCGGCCUAUGCAAGCAGUCUGCUGAAGAAGAUGCAGCCAGAAGAGGUUCAAGGGGAGGAGAAGCUGGGCGAGGUUAUCGAACACAUCCGACAAGGCUUGGAUAGCAUCGGCCAAGAAACAAACGCAAUCGGGAAAGCUGUCGGUGAUUUGCAAUCGAAGCAGCUUGACGAUAGUAUUAAGAGCUGGUUGGCAGCACCCGGACCUUCAGUGAACGCAACCAGUGCAAGAGACCGACGACACCCCGGCACAGGCGAGUGGUUUCUUGCGUCUAAACAAUUUCUCCAAUGGAAGCAGGGAGACAGGCGACACAUGUGGUUACAUGGGAUGCCUGGAUGCGGCAAAACUGUCCUGGCCACGACCAUCCUCGACCAUGUUGCAGCACUAAAAGACUCCAUCACCACUUGGUUCUUCUUCGACUUUAGUGACCGCAGUCUACAGACGGUUGACGGGAUGCUGCGCAGUCUUCUUUCUCAACUGCAUGAAGCCUUGUCUGGAUUACACGACCCCAACCAAGACCUUGCCAAGUUGUUCAAGAAACAGACCACCGCCCCGGUCUCUGCUGCGACUUUCACCACCUGCCUCAAGGCAAUGACGAAUGGGCCCCGGAAAGUCUACAUAGUUUUGGAUGCCCUUGAUGAAUGCAGUCAGCGUCCACUUCUACUAUGCUGGAUGGAAAACCUUCUAUCGGACAAGAAACUCGGACAGUGUCAACUUAUUGCAACUGGGCGUCCAGAACACGAGUUCAGAAGCAGACUGCAGCCUUUGAUAGGAGAGGACAACUGCAUUGAGCUGGACAAGGAGGCUGUCGACGUUGACAUUCGUGCUUACGUCGACUUUCAGAUUGACAAUAGUUCAGAACUCAGCCGCUGGAGUGGGAACCAUACAGUACGACAGUUGAUUCGAGAAGAGAUUGGGAACAAGGCGGGAGGAAUGUUUCGAUGGGCCGCUUGCCAGCUAGAGAGCCUGUAUCCCUGCAUUGAUCGAAAACAAGUUGAGGAAGUUCUCAGGACUUUGCCCAAGACCUUGGACGAGACAUACAGUCGAAUCCUGUCCCAGAUUCCACAAGCAAGCAAAUCGAGUACAAUCCGUCUCCUGCAAUUUUUGAUCUGGGGCGAUGGGCCUCUGGUCUUGAGUGAAGCUGUGGAUAUUGUGGCGAUGCGCCCAGAAAACUCCAAAACCCCAUUCGACGCUGACGAUCGACCACCUCGACCUAGCGAGGUUGUGGGAUACUGUCCAUACUUUAUAACGCUCACCAGAUUCGAAAAGGCCGUGGAGCACUCUGCUCAAAAGAUCAAGGUCGAGGCCAUCCAUCUGGCGCAUUUCUCAAUCAAGGAGUAUCUCCUGCGAACAGGCGGCAGCUUCGCCAGGGUACAGGCCAAAACCAGCAUCAAGGGGUGCUGCAAGGCAUACCUUGAAUGUCUGCGCAGCACUCUGGUCAGCAGUCCCACCACGGCAAGACCCGGGGACUUUCCGCUGGGGCCAUAUGCGGCUAGGAACUGGCUCAAGGGUUUGCCACUUCUCGAGCGUCAGGUGUACGACCCUGAUGGUGAUGGAUUUCAAUAUCCUAUACACGACUAUUACAGAUUCUUCAAGGUUCUGGACAGGAUUGUCCACACGGAACCGACUGCAAGGCGUUGGAGGUUCUUCCUCUUGGAGCAGCAGGCAGCGGGUCUCGUCGACGGAAAGACGUCGCUGGUAUCUUUUCUCUGCCGGGAGGGUCUCUCGGAAAUUGCUGUUCUGGUCCUGUUCACCGCUGAUCCCUCUCUCGAAGUCGGGCGAGGCAUGACAAUGGAGGGACGACUCUAUCUUGCGACGCAACGUAACUCCACCGCCAGCGUUCGCAUCCUCCUCCAUAACGCUCCCGGGUUUCUGUGCAGCUUGAAACAAGGAAGAAUGAAGGCCAAGUACAGCAUUGCACAACUGGUGCAGUCGGGAUGCAGCGUGGAUAUGAUACAGGUCCACAUCCAAGAGGGGGUAAUGCUUGAAGAAGAGCACAAUUCUGCCCUUUUCCAAGCAGCACGUCAAGAACAUUGGGAUAUGUUUGAGCUUUUGCUGGCAAACGUCCCAGAUGCGAAUGCUGGUCAUGUUGAUCAUUGCCGGCUUUUGGGGCUAGCAGUCAAAUCCGGCCACUCUCAGAUGGUCGAGUGGCUACUUAAACACGGCGCAAAUGCAAAUGCAGUUUGUGUGGACAAUUCCACGCCCCUGGGGCUAGCGGCAAAACUUGGCCACUACGACAUUAUGGAACUGUUAAUCGGACACGGUGCGGACUUGAAUGCAGUAUCCUGCGAUGGCUUUGUACCUUUGGCCAUGGCCGUCGACAAAUCCUCCAAAAAAAUGGCCCAACGUCUUAUUUCCGCGGGCGCGCAAAUCAAUGCGCCAUCUGAAAACGGCUUUACGCCCUUGGGAAUCGCUGUCGACAAUGCCAAUCUGGAAAUGAUAAGGAUGCUUGUUCAGAACGGCGCAGGUUUGGAGGCCCAGCAUCAACCUGGACGUCAGCAGCCUUUCAAAGACAAGCUUCUUGGCCUAAUAAUCUCAGCGGCUGAACGAGAAAUGUCAAAAAACCCUGCUCAAUUUUUGGAAGACCUAUUGCGCCCUUGGAACAAUCUUUCCAAUGCGAACACUGUCAGCUCUGAUCAUUUCCUCGCAUGUCAGCUCGUCGACAGAGGUGCCCGAGUUGAAAAAGGUUGCGAGGCCAUGUUGGACAGCGUGUUAUUAUAUGCUAGCGAUCGGGAUACUACGAGGCGUACGGUCGAACUCUUGCUGGAGCAGGGUGCAAACCCCAACUGCUCCAUAGCCGGCGAGACUCCGUUAAUGUGUGUGGCCCGGUGUGGGAAUGAAGAAGCCGUAAAGCUGCUUCUGGAACACGGGGCCAUGACUGAUCAAGAAUAUCCCAGGCAUGGUAGCGCCCUUUAUUUUGCUAUCUUCUGGGGCUUUGGCGGCGAACGUAAAAGCUAUGCUCAUGUGGAGAUUAUUGAACUAUUGAUCGCAGCCGGUGCAAAGGUUGAUGAAUCUGCGUUUCCCAGUGUCAGUUCUGGUAUGUGGUCUGAACGAUUAUACAGGCGAGUGAUAGCUGGCUUGGACUUUUCAAGGGAUUCUUUGGAUGUGGGAAGUUUUGUAUCUCGACAAUUGGUGACCUUUGGAAACACAUUUUCACAAUUAUACCUGGAGUACGGACUCCCAAACCCAUGAGCCCUCUGGCAAUGAAACGGGGUACUAUGAUGUCGACGCGGCUUUUAUAGAAACCCAUUCUCAAAUUUAUAUUCAACCACAUCGUAGCUACUCGCCCCCCUUUUCAUUUUUCCAGGACCCUGCGUAAUGGUGCACUACGAGCUUCCGCCCUGGCACCUUGUCCCCCCACCACAUGUUCAUGGAAUCUGCGAACGAGUGGUCCGG